AGAACAUUUAAGAGACUUCAUUAGCCGUACCCAGCACAGAAUAUCAUCACUGUAAGAGCAAGCAGAGCGUUUGCCCUCUCUCUUACACGACUUGGUGCAGUGAAACCAGCAGCUACUGUACAAUGUGCUGCAGCACAAAAUGCUGGUUAAUUGCUGGUUCUGUCAUUGGAGGACUGUUGGCUAUUCUAGGUGGAAUCCUGUUUCCUGUAGGGGAUAUCAUUAUCAAUAAGGAGAUUGAUACGGAAGCAGUAAUUGAAGAAGGAACCAUUGCCUAUGCAAACUGGAUAGAGACAGGAAGCCCCGUCUACAGGCAUUUUUGGAUAUAUCAUGUCACAAACCCUGAUGAGGUACUGAAUGGAGGAAGACCAGCACUUGAGCAAAAAGGCCCGUACAUCUAUCGUGUCCGAUUUCUUCCUAAAGAAAACAUUACACAACAUCAGAACUAUACGGUCUCAUAUUGGCAGCCAAAUGGAGCCAUCUUUCAAAGAGAGGGGUCGUAUGGUUCAGAAGAGGACACAUACACUGUUCUGAAUCUCGCUGUUGCUGCGGCACCUGCUAUGUUCCCGAAUCUUCAAGUAAUUUUGAAUAGCAUUAUUAAAUCUUCGAAUUCAUCCUUGUUCCAAGUCAGAAGUGUAAAAGAGCUGUUAUGGGGCUAUAAAGAUCCAUUUUUAGAAAAGAUUCCAGUUGCUUCCCUUGAUAAAACCACUGGACUGUUCUAUCCGAAUAAUGGAACAGCUGAUGGUAUUUUUAAUGUUUACAAUGGAAAAGGUGGCAUAAGUAAAGUUGCAAUUAUUGACAGAUAUAAGGGAGAAAGCUCACUUCCAUACUGGAAUGAUACCUAUUGUGACAUGAUCAAUGGUACAGAUGCAGCUUCAUUUCCUCCUUCUGUUGAAAAAGAUAAAAAACUCUACUUCUUUUCUUCUGAAAUAUGUAGAUCUAUUUAUGGAGUAUUUGAGAAAGAGUAUAUGCUGAAAGGAAUAAAGCUGUAUCGGUUUGUGGUACCAGAUGAUGCACUUGCGUCACCUACAAAAAAUCCAGAUAACCACUGUUAUUGCAAAGAUUUUGAGCUUUUUAGAAAUUGCACUGCUGCUGGUGUUCUGGAUCUCAGUAACUGCCAAGGGGGAAAGCCAAUUUUCCUUUCUCUUCCGCAUUUUCUGUAUGCAAGUGACUACUUGCUUAAUUCUGUGAGUGGCCUAAAGCCCAGCAAAGAAGAACAUGAGACCUUCGUAGAUGUUGAACCAAUAACUGGAUUUACAAUGCAUUUCGCCAAAAGGCUUCAGGUCAAUGUAAUGUUUAAACCUACAGACAAAAUAGAUGUGAUGUCUAAGCUCCAAUCAGAGUUUGUGUUCCCUGUUGCAUGGCUAAAUGAGACUGCACUUAUUGGGGAUGAUUCUGCAAACAUGUUUAAAUCCAGUGUAACUACCCCCAUGAAGGUGCUAGAGGUAUUGCGGAUAUUGUUUAUUUGUCUUGGGUCGGUCACUUUUCUCGCCUGCUCUAUUACUCUGUGUGUGAGAGGCUCCAAAAAGUAAACAUGCAAGUCAGAAGGACAGCCA